AUGGCAAAGAAUUUAAGUGAAAGAAUAGCUAGUUUGUCAAAAAAAGCAGAAGAAUUAUACACACUCUAUGAUAUAAUUGUUGCGUUAAUUAUUUUUACUCCCGGAGAAACCAUUCCUUUUGUUUGGCCAAAUGAAGCUAAGGCCAUGGCUAGUGUCUUAUGGUACUUUAGUCAAAGUAGGGAUGAAAGGUUAGAAGGGUUAGUUGAAUGUGAAACCUUCCUUUCACAUAAAUUGGAGGAGAAAAUGAAAAAUAUUAGGAAAAUUGAGCAAAAAAUUGAGGAGAGGGAAAUGGAAAUUAUGUUCAACAAAUUAUAUGAUGGAGAGAUUAAUUUAAAUGAACUUGAUGCUAGAGAAAUUAAAGGAUUGCAAAAGAUGUUUGCUCUUAUACGAGCUAAACUUGAUGAACGAGAGAAACAACUCGCUGAACAAUCUCAGUCUUCUCAGCCUCCAUCAAUUCUCUCUAAUGGCGAGACAACAAUUGAAAAUAAUGUAGAUCAGAGUGACAAUUUUUAUGGUGGGAGCGCAUCAACAAGUUUGGUGGGUGGAAGCAGUGAUGGCCAUGGACCAAUAGCACAUCGUGAUGAGUGA